AUGACGAGCGGAAAUCUGGCAAUUUUGAUCGUCUUUAUGGCGAUUCCGAUGGUUUCCGCAGAGGUAAGUGCAUAGGAUUACUGUAGGUCGAUUUUGGGAUACUGUAGGACACGUCGACGACACUGGCCCCUCUCAGUCGGGUCCGUCGACAAUGUUGUGGCUCCACGAGCUCCUCCUGCUGCGGAAACUCCAAUUCUAACAGCUAUUGUGUCCCGGUGUGCUUGGCACAGUGCCAAUCCUCGUGUACCACCUCCAAUUGUCAGCAGCAGUGUGGUAAUCAGUGAGUUGAGAGUUGAGCCAGCUGAAAAUGAUGUGAACGUUUCGAAUUAGAUGCAACCAACAAUGCGGAAUCGCAAUUUCCACCGGACCCUCGUGCUCCUCCUGCCAAUCGGCGUGCUCGUCCGCGUGCACCACUCCCUCCUGCGUCCGUACGUGCCAGACCAACUCGUGCUCGAACCUCUGCGGAUCGUCGUCCAACUCGUGCAACUCCCGCUGCAACUCCCAAUGUCUCCAGUUGUGCACGACACCUUCCUGCUCCAAUACGUGCUCGAAUUCCUGUAAUAACGCGUGUUCGAACGGCGGAAAUCAGCCGAUUGUGAUCGUUGUUCCGUCGUCCGGCGGCAGAAGUUGCCAGAACUCGUGUCAGAAUGUAAGAAGGGUUUGGGGGAAGUGGUCGAGACGUUGAUAUUGUACACUUACAGCAAUGUUCGUCCGCCUGUACCACGUCGAGUUGCCGUCAAACUUGCCAGAACACGUGCAUGGGCUCCUGCAACUCGGGAUGCUCGGGAAACUCGUGCAAUAGCAACAAUAGCGUUGUUGUACUGGUAAGGAGAGUUUUCGUGCAAUCUUUGUCUCAAAAAGAGCAAGUUUUCUUUGUUAAAACUAUCCCAUUUACCUCCAGACGCCCUGCGAACGGUCGUGCAACUCUGGCUGCCGAGCCACUUGCUCCUCGACCUCCUCCCUGAACGUCUGCAUCCCGGCGUGCCAGCAAACUUGCCGCGCCACGUGUAACACCGCCAGCACUCUUGUGGUAACCAACUACAGUAACCCCAGGACUACUAUAGCCCCCGGUUUUUCAGAUCCCCUGCCAAUCUGGAUCCGGAAGCUCGUGCUCGUGCUCCAGCGGUUACUCGACGUGCGGCUCGCAAUGUUGUCGCAAUUGA